AUGGCCGACAAUGAGUUGAUCGCCCUAUUUCAAGCAAUAGGCUUGAAAGAACAACGCGCAAAAGAAACUGUUAAAAAUAAGAAGUUAGCUUUAAACUUACAGAACACGAUCUCCGAAGCUGGUGUUACUCAGAGUGGUUGUGAUAAAUCAGUCGGCGAUCUUCUUUAUACGCUUGCUUCAACUGUGAGUAAAGAUGCUUCAGCCCACCUGGGUUAUCUUGCACGAGCUGUCAGUGAUAAUAGGCUUAAUAGCUCAGAACAGGUUGCCGGUAGAGUAAUUGUUCCUGCUAUAAAAUUUGCUGAAACGACCAAUGAAGGAAUCAAUGACGAGGAAUUUAACCGAGCUUGUGGAGUUGGUGUUAUCGUAACUCCAGAUCAGAUAACCGCAGCAAUUACAAAACAUUUGGAUGCUAAUAAAGAUGCCCUCAUUUCGGAAAGAUAUAAGUUACUCGGUCCAUUACUUGCUCAAGCACGGCAGAUUCCUGAGUUACGUUGGGCUAAUGGUGUCGCUGUAAAAAAUGAACUUGAAAAGCAAGUGAUCGCAAUGAUUGGACCGAAAGAUGACAGAGAUGUGACUGUUAAAGGAAAGAAAAAAGACAAAGAACCUAAAUCAGCAUCAACUCCUUUUCAAAAAAUAAAAAUAUAUGCUGAAUCUAAAAUGAACUCAAUCCCAAAUAUGUUUUUAGAAGGAGAACUUUCAAAGCUUCAUAAACCUGGUGGUAACAAGCAAAUUAAGCCGGAGUUGAUGGAGAAACAUUUAAAGGAGACAGAUGGUAAAGUAAUUACUAGGUUUCCACCUGAACCUAAUGGUUUUUUGCAUAUCGGCCAUGCAAAAGCGAUCAAUGUAAAUUUUGGAUAUGCCAAGGCGCAUAAUGGGUUUUGCUAUCUUAGAUAUGAUGAUACGAACCCUGAAGCCGAAGAAGAACGUUACUUUGAUUCUAUAAGAGAAGCCAUAGAGUGGUUAGGAUUCAAACCAUGGAAGGUGACUUAUUCCUCUGAUUACUUUGACAAGUUAUACGAGUUGGCAAUUGAGUUAAUAAAACGAGACAAGGCUUACGCAUGUUCAUGUACACCUGAAGAGAUGCAUGAAAUGCGUGGAGGUGAUAGUGGUGGUGAGCGAAGGGAAUGUGUUCAUCGUAAUCGUCCUAUCGAAGAGUCCUUAGCUGAAUUUCAAAAGAUGAAAGAAGGACGAUACAAAGAAUCCGAAGUCACCCUACGUAUGAAGAUGGAUAUGCAAAGUGGAAACCCCCAAUUUUGGGAUCUUGUUGCUUAUCGUGUCCUUUACACUCCACACCAUCGAACGGGUGAUAAAUGGUGCAUAUAUCCAACAUAUGACUAUACACAUUGUCUUUGUGAUUCUUUCGAAAAUAUAACCCAUUCAUUAUGUACCCUCGAGUUCCGAAUGUCUCGUGAAUCUUAUUAUUGGCUUUGUGAUGCACUUGAAGUCUAUAAACCUGUUCAAUUUGAAUAUAAUAGAUUACAAAUUAACAAUACCAUCAUGUCAAAACGCAAAAUCUUGAAACUCGUUACCGAGGGUUAUGUCAAAGGAUGGGAUGAUCCACGAUUAUAUACUCUUCCUGCUUUGCGUAGACGUGGAGUACCUCCAGGGGCAAUUAAUGGUUUUGUUCAAGAUCUUGGUGUCACCACUUCAAAUUCAACAAUUCAAGUGUCUCGGUUUGAGAAAUAUGUUAGAGAUUAUUUAGAUGCACACGUACCAAGGUUAAUGAUAGUUAUAGAACCAAUAAAGAUAAUCAUUGAAAAUUUGCCUGAUGAUUAUAUCGAGGAAUUGACUGUUCCUUUUAAACCAAAAGAUCCUUCCAUGGGAGAACACACCGUUCCGUUUAGUAGGAUUGUUUAUAUUGAUAAAUCUGAUUUUCGAGAGCAAGAUUCACCUGAUUACUUUCGUCUUGCCGUAGGUAAGACAGUUGGAUUACUGUACGUACCACAUUGCAUCACUUGCACCGAUGUUGUGAAAGAUGCAGAGGGAAAUAUUCAACAUUUAAUUUGUCGUUACGAGAACGGGCCUAACGUCAAGAAACCAAAAACAUACAUUCAAUGGGUUGCAGAAUCAAGCAAGCAUAAUUCUCCAGUUCGCCUUCAUGAAGGUCGUAUCUAUAAUAAUCUUUUUAUCUCGGAAAACCCAAAUGCAAACCCGGAUGGUUUCUUGGCAGAUAUAAAUCCCAAUAGUCUUGAAAUUGCUACUGGUUCUUUAGCUGAGGUCGGAUUGCAUGAAGUUGUAUCACGUGCACUUGAUAAAUCUAAGAAUGAUUAUGAAUCAGUUAGGUUUCAGGCUAUUCGUGUUGGAUACUUUUGUCUCGAUAAAGAUUCAGUGAUAGAAGAACCGCAUAGUAAAGCAAAUCAAUUAGUAAUUAAUAGAAUUGUUACUCUUAAAGAAGAUCCAAAGAAAUAA